AUGGAGCAGCAUGCCAUGAAGCUGAAGUCUUGGCCCAAGAAGCUGUCGUGGCUGGGCUACGUAGCAGGCACCCUGGUGAGAAAUGUGCCACAUGAUCCAUCGGGAAAACUUCCCACUCUUGGAUGGAACUCUUGGAACGCGUACCAUUGCGAUAUCAAUGAGCAGCAUUUCCUUGAUGCUGCCCAGGCACUGGUCGAUACUGGCCUGCGCGAUGCCGGUUACAAAUAUGUAAACAUUGAUGACUGCUGGUCUGAAAAGACUGGCCGUGUUGAUGGCCAUAUUGCGGUCAACAAGACCCGUUUCCCAGCUGGCAUCGACGGGCUUGCCAAGAAGAUACAUGAUAUGAAGCUCAAGUUUGGCAUUUACAGCACGGCUGGUACUCUGACCUGUGCCGGAUACCCGGCCAGCUUGGGGUAUGAAGAUGUCGAUGCCGCCGAUUUCGCCAAAUGGGGAGUUGAUUACCUGAAGUACGACAACUGCUACAUCCCCCCCGAAUGGCAAGAUGAAUACAUCUUUUGCGAGGAAGACGGGGCCAAGAUCGGCCCCAACGGCACCUGCAGCCGAAGCCGGAAUCCCAGCCUGGCCCCGGACGGCUACGACUGGAGCAAGUCCAAGUCGGCGCGGCGCUUCAACCGCAUGCGCGACGCGCUCGCCAAGCAAGACCGCGAGAUGCUCUACAACCUCUGCAUCUGGGGCACCGCCGACGUCUUCUCAUGGGGCAGAAACACGGCGAUAAGCUGGCGCAUGAGCGGCGACAUCAGCCCCAACUGGCGCUCCGUCAUGCACAUCCUCAACAUGAACUCGUUCAAGAUGAACGCCGUCGGCUUUUACGCCCACAACGACGCCGACAUGCUCGAGGUGGGCAACGGGGACCUGUCGCCCGCCGAGACGCGCUCGCACUUUGCGUUUUGGGCGGCCAUGAAGUCCCCCCUGCUGGUUGGGACGGAUCUGCGCAAGCUGAGCCGCGACAACGUGGACCUGUUGAAGAACAGGCACCUCCUGGCGUUUAACCAGGAUUCCAGGCACGGCAAGCCGGCCGCGCCGUACAAGUGGGGGGUCAAUCCCGACUGGACUUAUAACAGCACCAAUCCUGCCGAGUACUGGGCCGGGCAGUCUACGGACGGACACCUGGUGCUGAUGCUGAAUACGCUCGGGAGCACGGCGAGGAAGACGGCUGCGUGGGGUGAGAUUCCGGGUCUGGGCGGUGGCAAGUACAUCGUGACGGACGUGUGGUCCGGCAAAGACUUGGGCUGUUUGGACGGGUAUUCGGUUGAUGUUGCUUCUCAUGAUACGGCCGCCAUUUUGGUCGCGGCUUCUCCCUUCACUCAGACGUCUGCCGCUUCUUUUAAGCAUUGGUGGAGUCCUCCUACGCUGGCUCUUUUCCCUGGGCUCGCUCGUCCUGAUCUUGGGCAGCGACAGAGGGGUGACAGUGUUUCUGUCGACCCUGCCCUUACGGCCACUGCUUCUCUGGAGAAUGCUCUUGGUCUGGUUACCUCUACUAGCUCGGUCGAGCCGCUUCCCUCUCUUGACACCUCUCCUGGCCCAGAUUCUAGUGAAAAUCUGGAAGACACCCCAAGCCUAGUAACAACGUCUGGUACCCGCCACUCUCGUGGCCUAUCUGCUGGUGUUUAA